GGGCCUCGGCCGCCGCUGCUUACACUUGAGCAUGAGUCUUCUUAUGAUUAGUGAGAAUGUAAAAUUGGCUCGUGAAUAUGCACUGCUGGGAAACUAUGAUUCUGCGAUGGUCUAUUAUCAGGGAGUGCUUGACCAAAUGAACAAGUAUCUGUAUUCAGUCAAAGAUACGUACCUCCAGCAGAAAUGGCAACAGGUUUGGCAGGAAAUAAAUGUGGAAGCUAAACAUGUUAAGGAUAUCAUGAAAACACUAGAGAGCUUUAAACUAGACAGCACUCCAUUGAAAGCUGCACAGCAUGAGCUUCCAGCUUCUGAGGGAGAAGUCUGGUCCUUGCCUGUACCUGUUGAACGAAGACCCUCACCAGGACCUAGGAAACGCCAGUCUCCUCAGUAUAGUGACCCUAAGCCACACGGGAACCGUCCAAGUACAACUGUCAGAGUUCACCGUCCAUCUGCACACAAUCUUCACAACGACAGAGGGAAGGCUGUUCGUUAUCGGGAAAAGAAAGAACAGAAUAAAGGAAGAGAGGAAAAGAACAAAUCACCCGCUGCAGUUACAGAACCAGAGACAAAUAAAUUUGAUAGUACUGGAUAUGAUAAGGACUUAGUAGAAGCUUUGGAAAGAGAUAUAAUUUCUCAGAAUCCCAAUGUUCGAUGGGAUGAUAUUGCUGAUUUAGUAGACGCUAAAAAGUUGCUUAAGGAAGCCGUGGUGUUACCAAUGUGGAUGCCAGAAUUCUUUAAAGGCAUUCGGAGACCGUGGAAGGGAGUGUUGAUGGUUGGCCCACCUGGCACGGGAAAGACCCUUCUCGCUAAAGCAGUAGCUACGGAAUGCAAGACAACAUUCUUCAAUGUCUCUUCAUCAACUCUGACUUCCAAAUACAGAGGAGAGUCUGAGAAGCUUGUUCGUCUUCUUUUCGAAAUGGCUCGAUUUUAUUCUCCAGCCACCAUAUUUAUUGAUGAGAUAGAUUCCAUUUGUAGUCGCAGAGGGACUUCUGAAGAGCACGAAGCAAGCAGAAGGGUGAAGGCCGAGCUGCUGGUUCAAAUGGAUGGUGUUGGAGGUGCUUCUGAAAAUGAUGACCCUUCCAAAAUGGUCAUGGUUCUGGCAGCUACUAAUUUUCCCUGGGAUAUUGAUGAGGCUUUAAGACGACGUCUUGAAAAAAGAAUCUAUAUUCCAUUACCGUCAGCAAAAGGCAGGGAGGAGCUGUUACGAAUAAGUCUGCGUGAGCUGGAAUUGGCUGAUGACGUUGACCUUGCAAGUAUAGCAGAAAACAUGGAAGGUUAUUCAGGUGCGGACAUUACCAACGUGUGCAGGGAUGCAUCCUUGAUGGCAAUGAGAAGGCGUAUUGAAGGCCUGACCCCAGAAGAAAUCCGAAAUCUUUCCAGAGAAGAAAUGCACAUGCCUACCACUAUGGAGGAUUUUGAAAUGGCUUUAAAAAAGGUUUCUAAGUCAGUAUCUGCUGCAGACAUUGAAAGAUACGAGAAAUGGAUAUUUGAGUUUGGAUCAUGCUAAAUUCUCACAUGUAAGCUGUGAGAAACCUGCCUUAAGCAUCUGAACAAUAAUUAAAUGUAGUACUUCAUUGCACCAAGUAUCCUUUUUUAAACUUUCAUAAUGGUAAGAUUAAAAAACACCCUUGAUUCUGAAUAAAAGACAGUUUUUCAAAGCUGCA